AUGUUUCCCGGAAUGUUCAUGAAGAAGCCAGACAAGGCAGAGGCUCUGAAGCAGCUGCGAAGCCAUGUGGCCAUGUUUGGGGCUUGGGUCGUUGCGAUCCGGGCCGCCCCCUACGUUCUUCACUUCCUCUGCGGUGAAAAGGAUGAGCUCAAGCUUGAAUUUUGA